AAUGGCUUCUUAAAUUAAGUGCAAUUAAAAGCUGAUGUUUUAACUCUUUUGAAAGCUUUUAAAAUUUUGAUGCUUCGUGAGGUGUUUGUUUAGCGUCGGAGUAAAGAAUAUGUAUAAUUUUAAUAUCGAGUAAAACUCACAACAAAUUGUUUCACUAUUAAUGACUUGAAAAAGCAAAAUUUCUUAUUUCAGUUAUCAUCCUAUUUUGAUUUUGAUGCUGACGCUGCAAGAAGUUCCUCAAUCUAAGCUACAAAAAAGUGUUUUGUUUCAAUAUCUUGUUGGAUAUUUUUAUGGAAGGAAGUAUCAAGAUACCAUUGUUAGCUCAACUUGUUUAUGGAACGUACAGCGAACUUAAAACAAAGAAAUGUUUGACGCAUGAUCAAGGUAGUGGAAGUCCUUGCUUAAAAUGCAAUGAGCUGUGUAGUGGAUUAGAAUUGCAUUUUUGGAGAAAAGUGUGCAAAAACUGUGGAUGCAAACUCGAAGAUCACAAAGUUGAAGUUGACAAAAGCAUUCAUGAAGCAAUUGUUUACAAUUUACUUAAUGAUGAUUAUGAUAAUGCAUCACCAUGGGAGUGCAGCAUAGAUGAUGAGGUUUUAGAAGGACACCCAUUAUUAGAACAUUUAUCCAGAAAAAAAUUUAAAAAAUCUAUAACUAAAUUUGAUAAUGAACAGGAUGAAUUACAAAAAAAUGAAAACAAUGCAACUGUGGAUCAACUGUUGAAGUUUAAAGUUUGCAAUACCGAAUUUAAUUCUAAUAGUGAAAAAAGGAAGACGUCAACUAAAAAUAAAGAAGAAAACCAGCAACGUCAAAGGGCAUUGGUUCGUCAAAUUCCACCCCAGGAUUUUGACAUUCGGUAUUGUCAUAAUCUUGAUGAUUAUGAAAAAGAAGAACUAGGUUAUUUUACAUUGCUUGUGCAAAUGCACACAAUUGGCAAAGCUGUACUAAAAGAAAAAGUAGAAGAAUCUAAAAUACACUGUGUAUAUUGCUCUGAAAUUAUUAAAUCCAACUAUCUAAUAAUUGAACGUCUUGAAAAUAAAUUCUGGCAUGACACCUGCUUGCGUUGUAAAGUUUGUAAUGAAAGUUUGGUCGAUAACAUUUACUUUUUAGAAAAAGAAGAUUUGUAUUGUGGGAGACAUUUUGCAGAAACAUAUAAACCACGUUGUUUUGCUUGUGAUGAAUUGAUUUUCUCCAAAGAGUAUACUCAAGCAGAACAGAAAAAUUGGCACACAAAGCAUUUUUGUUGUUAUAAAUGCGAAGUAUAUUUAGGUGGCAUGGGUUACAUUUCAGUCGGACCGAACCCCUUUUGCAUUCCUUGUUACAAUGAAAAUCUACCGUCUUGACGCUUAAGUAGAAACUGUAGCAAUAGAAGAUUGCCAUUUGCAUCUCUGCAUGACCAAUUUCUAGAAACUUUAAAAAUGAAAUAGCAUUAAACCAUUUUUACAUUAUUUUUUGCUGAUAUUAUAUAUUUUGCUCCAUUUUUGUAUAGUAUUUGUUUUUCAAUUGUAAUAUACAGAUAUUGUAAUAUAAAAGGAAAAUUUAUAAA